ACUAGAUGAUGAGAUAAUCAUGUACCGCAAAACCUCAGUUUCAAAUGCUGGACUCCAAACUGAGUAUAGGGAGAAAGGGGGGCCAGUGAGUGUUAAAAAAGGGAAAAAAAAAGUUUCAAAUGCUGGACUCCAAACUGAGUAUAGGGAGAAAGGGGGGCCAGUGAGUGUUAAAAAAGGGAAAAAAAAAAAAAGAAACAAGUUAAUAUCUUCUCUCUCUCUUUAUCCAAAGUCUGAUGAUUGAUUCCAGUUGGGUUACCGCACAAACCAACUGGGUUAAAGUCCAAAAUUUUGGUUUCAAGAUUAGAUUUUUUUAAAAUAAAUAAAAAAGUUGCAGUCUUGAUUCCUUCUUUUGAUCUAAAGCCUUUGAGAGUAGGUUGAGUAAGCUUGGUAUAGAAAGAAAAAAAAAGAGAGAGGCUAUUUUUUACUUCAUUAAAUGAUUCCCUCACUGGUUGCCCAAAACAAGCGCUGGGUUGGGUUCUGGUUGUUUUGUUUUGGCAUGGUUGCUGAUCCUGUCUUGGGUGUUGUUUCAAAAACAAGGUAAGGUUUUUGAUGGGAGAAUGAAAAGAAAAGGAAAAUAUUUUAAGUGUUUGAACUAUAAAGUGGAUGGUAAAGAGAGAGCAAAGAGUUUUGGAGUUUGGACCACUUUGCUUUCUUGGUAUGGUAGAUAGAUGGAGCUUUUUUUUUGUCAAGAAGUGAGGUGGUGAGCUAUGGUACUUGGUUAGGUGAAGAAUUAUUCAGGGUUUCGUUUUGGGAAAGUUUAAAUCUGCAGUGGAAUUUGUGAUCUUUGGGGGUCACCUUGCAGGUUUUACUUUCAUGAGUUGUUCUUCUGGAACUGGGAAUUUUGUGAAGCUCUCAGGGCUCCUCGGGGAAAUACAUAGAUGUGCUUUAGUCAAGAUGUCUAUGAACGGCAAAUUUCCCGCUUCUACUUGUAGAUUGCCAGCAAAUUCCAGGCUAAAAAAGGCUAAGGAGAUUAUGCAUCGAUCCAAUUCUUUCAAGAAAUGGAACAGAUACCUUAUCUUCCUUUGGCUUUUAGGCUUCCUUUCUGUUGGGUUUAUUUGGUUCUUGACAAGUGUACCCUCGGAGGGGACUGAGAAAAUUCCCCCUUCUUGUGAAGACAACGCAAGAAUCUUGCUCCAACAUUUCAAUGUUAGCAAGAACCAGCUUCAUGCUUUAGCUUCUUUCUUCUACGAAUCAGAUCAGGUAGCAUUCCUUGAAUGUUCCAGACAUUCAGGUCCUGAAAAGCCAUCAAGUGAUGAUAUUACCUGUGCUCUUAAUGUUCUGUGUUCAAAGAAGCCAGACUUUGAAAAGCAGAUGUGGGUUGCAAAAAGUUCAGAACUUAAGGAUCAAUGCCCAGUUCGGGUUGAGAAUACUCCCAGUGCACAUGACUUGUCAUUUCCAGAGCACGAUUCUUAUGUUGUACUGAAUGCUGUUUCAUCAUUACCAUGGGAGCAUCACACCAGCAGAAAGAACAUCUCGCGAAGAACUGCACCAGGAGUCCAGUCAAAAGACCAUUGUGAGAACUUGUCUUUUUGUAUGGUGAAAGGAUGUUGGUUGCUUCUUGUUGGACUGGUGCUGAGCUGCCAGAUUCCAGGAGUCCGUUUGAAGCUGUGGAGGAGCAGAGAGAGUGAGCCAGCUCCGUUGCAGCCUGUACCUCAGAAACUACAGCUGCUACUGCAACAGAAGCAUCAGCAGCAAGCUCAGGACCCUCCCAAGGGUGCAGGGAAGUGGAGAAAGAAACUCCUAAUAAUAUUUGUACUAAUGGGGAUCCUUACAUCCAUCUGGUUAUUUUGGCAUUUAAACCAGAAGAUCAAUUUGAGGAGAGAAGAGACUCUUACCAACAUGUGCGAUGAAAGAGCACGGAUGUUGCAAGAUCAAUUUAAUGUUAGCAUGAAUCAUGUUCAUGCUCUGGCUCUUCUUGUAUCAACUUUUCACCACGGGAAGCAUCCAUCUGCUAUUGAUCAGAAAACAUUUGGUGAAUAUACCGAGAGAACAGCUUUUGAGAGGCCACUUACCAGUGGGGUUGCUUAUGCAUUGAAAGUUCUUCACUCAGAGAGGGAGCAAUUUGAGAAACAGCAUGGAUGGACAAUAAAGAAAAUGGAAACUGAGGACCAGACUUUAGUCCAAGAUUGCCUAACUGAAAAUUUGGAUCCUGCACCCGUUAAAGAUGAAUAUGCACCAGUGAUAUUUUCACAAGAAACCGUUUCUCAUAUUGUCUCUAUUGACAUGAUGUCUGGAAAGGAAGACCGUGAGAACAUUUUGCGGGCAAGGGCAACUGGAAAGGGAGUAUUGACAUCACCUUUUAAGCUGUUAAAAUCCAAUCACGUUGGUGUUGUGCUCACAUUUGCUGUUUAUAACAAGGAUUUGCCUCCAGAUGCUACUCCAGAGUUACGUAUUGAAGCAACAAUGGGGUACCUAGGUGCAUCAUAUGAUGUCCCCUCCCUGGUGGAGAAGCUUCUGCACCAACUUGCUAGCAAUCAAACAAUUGUUGUCAAUGUUUACGAUACAACCAAUUCGUCUGCUUCCAUAAGCAUGUAUGGUACUGAUGUAACUGAUACUGGCCUACUGCAUGUAAGCAGCCUCGAUUUUGGGGAUCCAUUAAGGAAGCAUGAGAUGCACUGCAGGUUCAAGCAAAAACCUCCAUUACCCUGGACGGCAAUCAAUGCAUCACUAGGAGUCCUAGUUAUCACUUUACUUGUUGGUCAUAUCUUCCAUGCAGCUAUAAGUCGAAUUGCAAAAGUUGAGAAUGACUACCGUGAGAUGAUGGAGCUCAAAGCUCGUGCUGAAGCUGCAGAUAUAGCAAAAUCUCAGUUUCUAGCUACUGUUUCCCAUGAGAUCCGGACUCCAAUGAAUGGUGUUCUAGGUAUGCUGAAGAUGCUGAUGGACACGGAUCUUGAUGCGGUCCAAAGGGACUAUGCUGAGACUGCUCAUGCUAGUGGGAAAGAUCUUAUCUCGCUGAUAAAUGAGGUCCUUGAUCAGGCUAAGAUAGAAUCAGGCAGGCUUGAACUUGAGGAUGUGCCCUUCGAUCUACGUUCUCUUCUUGAUAAUGUUCUCUCACUCUCCUCGGACAAAUCUAAUGAUAAAGGGAUUGAGUUGGCGGUUUAUGUUUCUGAUCGGGUUCCCGAAGUUGUUGUUGGUGAUCCUGGGCGGUUUCGGCAAAUAAUUAUCAAUCUUGUUGGAAAUUCAAUUAAGUUCACGCAGGAUAAGGGACAUAUUUUUGUCUCAGUGCAUCUGGUAGAUGAAGUGAAAGGUGCAUGUGAUGUGGGAGACAAAGUGUUACAACAAGGCUUGAACUUGGUUCAAGAUAUGUCAAGCAAGACAUACAACACGUUAAGUGGCUUUCCGGUGGUAGACAGAUGGAGGAGCUGGGAGAAUUUUAAAACAUUAAAUAGCAAAGAUGCAGUGGAGGACCCUGAAAAGAUUAAAUUACUGGUGACUGUUGAGGAUACAGGUGUGGGAAUUCAUUUGGGUGCUCAAGAUCGGAUUUUCACUCCUUUUGUGCAAGCUGACAGUUCAACUUCACGACAUUAUGGUGGGACUGGAAUAGGAUUGAGCAUCAGCAAACAUCUGGUGGAACUCAUGCAUGGGGAGAUAGGGUUUGUCAGUGAACCUGGCAUUGGCAGUACUUUCUCAUUUACUGGAUCUUUUGCAAAAGGUGAAGUGAGUUCUUUGGAUUCAAGGUGGAAGCAAUAUGAUCCAGUGGUUUCAGAGUUUCAAGGUUUGAGAGCACUGGUUGUUGAUAAUAGAAGCAUACGAGCUGAGGUCACUAGAUACCAUCUACGGAGAUUGGGAAUAUCUGUGGAUAUAACAUUGAGUAUGGAGUCAACAUGCACCUAUCUGUCAAACGCUUGUGGCACAAGUGACUUUGCUCAUUUGGCCAUGAUUCUUAUAGACAAAGAUGCUUGGAACCAGGAAAGAGUUCUUCAGUUCCGUUCCUUGCUCAAAGAACAUAGGCAGAAUGGCAGGAUAAAUGUUUCAACGAACUUCCCUAAGAUUUUUCUCUUGGCUACCGCCAUGACUCCUCUUGAACGAUCCAAGCUUAAGACUGCUGGUUUUGUAGAUAAUGUACUGAUGAAGCCUCUUCGGUUGAGCGUCAUCAUUGCCUGUUUCCAGGAACUCCUAGGAAAUGGUAGAAAGGACCAGGUACAUAGAAAGAAAAGUACACUCGGGACCCUACUUAGAGAAAAACGAAUUUUAGUGGUUGAUGAUAACAAGGUUAACAGAAGAGUGGCAGAAGGUGCUUUAAAGAAAUAUGGAGCAAUUGUUUCCUGUGUGGAAAAAGGCCAGGAUGCGCUGGACAAGCUUAGACCACCCCAUAAUUUUGAUGCCUGCUUCAUGGAUCUUCAGAUGCCGGAAAUGGACGGGUUUGAAGCAACUAGGCAAAUCCGCAGUGUGGAGACUCAGGUCAAUGAAAAUAUUGCUUCUGGAGAAGCAUCAAUUGAUAUGUAUGGAAAUGUGUCUUACUGGCACAUUCCAAUAUUGGCAAUGACAGCUGAUGUCAUCCAGGCUACAAACGAAGAGUGCAUGAAAUGUGGGAUGGAUGGCUAUGUGUCGAAGCCUUUUGAGGAAGAGCAACUUUAUUCAGCUGUUGCAAGUUUUUUCGAGUCUGGUUGAUAUAGUGGGUGUUGGUUGAACUAACUUUCUUCAGGUUGACCCCUUGUGACUCUCGGUUGUCUGACAAGUGACUAGUCCUUGCCUCAUACUGGUGGACAUCCGAAUUAUGCCAAAAAAUGGUAUCAUGCAGCCAAACCAUUUGAUAUCACCCAAAACAGGUUUCGGAUGUUUAUGGUGUGUUCUUUGUCUUCAGGUAUGCUGAGGUUGCAUCCAUGAUUUUGCUUUUGACUGUGUUGAAUGAAAAACCAUGGAAGAAUUCGAAUCCUUAGGACCUGUUGUUUGUCAUCCAUUUUCUUGCCAAGUACGAGGGAGAAUGGUCCUUUUCCUGUAGUAUCCAAUUUAUAUUUAACUGUAAUUAAGUGACAUCCAUUCUUUUUCCCCUCGUUAUAUGGUCUCAGCCAAAAAAUAAAAUAAUUUUUUUUUAUCAUUUUAUGUAGAUUUUCCAUGUUUCAAGCACUUUGUGUUGGAAAAUCUUCACUAAAAGUACAUGGUUCGAGGUUAGAACUAUUCAUUUAUUCGAGUUGAAUGUAGGCAUUUUGAAAUCUUACUGUUUUUAUUUUUAGUUUUUCAAAUUGGCUUGAAAGGGUGAUCCAAUUGAUGGUUGGAAGUUGGGAAUGCAUUACUGUCAUCUCUGCUGAAAGAUUGGGUUCUUAGUCAGUGCUUCCUGUAACCAUGAGUUUUCGUUGUAUAUUAUUCCUUUAUUUUAUUAGUACACAACCAGUGUAAAUUAUUUUUGACAUGUGCUUGUAAGUAAUAAAUUGCUUGCUUUUAAUUCGA